AUGAAUCAACCAGUUUUUGUUUUAAACACCAACGCCAAACGUGAAAAUCAAAAAGAAGCUCAACAAGGUAUCUUUUUAGCAGUAAAGUCAGUAGCAAGUAUUAUUAAGACAUGUUUAGGACCAAAAGCAAUGUUAAAGAUGAUUUUAGAUCCAAUGGGUACAACAGUUGUUACAAAUGAUGGUAAUGCAAUUCUUAGAGAGAUUGAUGUUACACAUCCAGCAGCAAAGAGUAUGAUUGAACUUAGUAGAGCACAAGAUGAAAAUGUUGGUGAUGGUACAACCAGUGUUGUAAUUUUAGCAGCAGAGGUAUUGGCAUCAUCAGAGUUAUUUAUAGAGAAAAAGAUUCAUCCACAUUAUAUUAUCAAGGCUUUUCGUAUGGCAUUGGAUGAUUCAUUAAGUAUCGUCGAUCAAUAUAGUGUUGCAAUCGACUUAAAGAAUAGACCAGAGGUACUCAAGGUGGUUCAAUCAUGUAUUGGCACUAAAUUCAUUGGUAAAUGGGGAUCACUCAUGUGUAACUUGGCAUUGGAUGCAGUUAUGACCGUUCACAUCCAAGAGGAGGAUGGUCGUUCAGAGAUUGACAUCAAACGUUAUGCCAAGGUUGAAAAGAUUCCAGGUGGUGAUAUCUCUGAUUGUAGAGUGAUCAGAGGUGUAAUGUUAAACAAGGAUGUCACUCAUCCAAAGAUGAAACGUAUGAUCAAGAACCCACGUAUCGUAUUGUUGGAUUGUUCACUCGAAUAUAAAAAAGGUGAAUCCGAUACCAUGGUCGAUAUCACCAACGAAGAUGAUUUCAGUGCAUUGUUAAAGAUCGAAGAGGAAUACGUUCAACGUAUUUGCGAAGAUAUCAUUAAAUUAAAACCAGAUCUCGUUUUCACUGAAAAAGGUGUUUCUGAUUUGGCUCAACAUUUCUUUGUCAAAAAAGGUAUCACCUGUCUUCGUCGUCUCAAGAAAUCUGAAAACAAUCGUAUCGCUCGUAUCUCUGGUGCCACCAUCGUCUCCAGAACUGAUGAACUUCAAGAAUCUGAUAUUGGUACCGGUUGUGGUCUCUUUGAAAUUCGUAAGAUUGGUGAUGAAUACUUUACCUUCCUCGAGGACUGUAAAGAACCAAAAGCAUGUACCAUCCUCUUGAGAGGUGCAAGCAAAGAUAUUUUAAAUGAAGUCGAAAGAAACCUCACUGAUGCCCUCAAUGUCGCCAGAAAUAUCGUUUUAGAUCCACGUCUCGUCCCAGGUGGUGGUGCUAUCGAAAUGGCCCUCUCACAAGCUUUAUCAGAAAAAUCAAAAUCUAUUGAAGGUCUUCAUCAAUUACCAUAUAAAGCACUCGCUCAAUCACUCGAAUGUAUUCCAAAGAUUCUCGCUCAAAAUUGUGGUGCAAACACUGUUAAACUCUUAACUGAACUCCGUGCUAAACAUGCUACCAAUCCAACUGAAAACUAUACCUAUGGUGUUGAUGGUGAUAAUGGUACAAUCGUUGAUAUGAAACAAUUAGGUAUUUGGGAUACUCAUUCCGUUAAAGUUCAAACCUUAAAAACUGCAAUUGAAUCUGCUUGUACUAUGUUAAGAGUUGAUCAUAUUGCUUCUGCCGCUUCAAAACAAUAA